AUGUUCAGGUCCAAACGCUCGGGGCUGGUGCGGCGCCUCUGGAGGAGCCGCGUCGUGCCCGACGGCGACGGCGGCGGCGGCGGCGAUGGCAGCGCCACGAGCGGCGGCCGCGAGCCCGGAGCCGGUGGAGACGGCGGCGGCGACAAGAGCCCGGAGCGGGGCCGCCCGGCCCUAGGGAGCGGCGGCGGGGCCGAGGAGCCGCGAGCCGGGCCGGCGGCCGGGGGGCGCCGCGGGGUCCCCCCGAUGGCGGAGCGCCGGGGGGCUCGGCUCCGCGCCCCGCAGCGCCGGGACGGCACCGAGGGACCGAGCCCGAGGCGCGGCCGGGAGAGCGGCGGGCGCGCGGUGACCUGCUGCCUCUUCGGCGAGCGGCAGCCGGCAGCCCCCCGGGCCGCCCCCCCAGGCCCCGACGGCGGCGCCCCCGGCGGGUCCCCGGAGCGGCGGGGCCGCGAGGCGCGGUCGCGGCUGCUGGUGCUGGAGCAGGAGCUGAAGGCCGUCACCUACUCGCUGCUGAAGCGGCUGAAGGAGCGCUCGCUGGACAGCCUGCUGGAGGCGGUGGAGUCCCGCGGGGGCAUGCCGAGCGGCUGCGUGCUGGUGGCCCGCACCGAGGUGCGCCUGGGGGGCCAGGCGGCGCCCCCCCACCUCCUGCUGGGGAAGCUCUUCCGCUGGCCCGACCUGCAGCACCCCGCCGAGCUGAAGCCCCUCUGCGAGUGCCAGAGCUUCGGCGUCGCCGACGGCCCCACCGUCUGCUGCAACCCCUACCACUUCAGCCGCCUCUGUGGGCCAGAGUCUCCACCACCUCCUUACUCUCGGCUGUCUCCUAAUGAUGAGCAAAAGCCACUGGAUCUAUCGGAUUCCACGUUGUCUUACACUGAAACAGAGGCUACAAACUCGCCCAACGUCACGCCCGGAGAGUUCUCAGAUGCCAGCACGUCGCCCGAUGCCGUGAAAAGGAGCCAUUGGUGCAACGUGGCCUACUGGGAGCACCGGACGCGCGUCGGCCGCCUCUACACAGUGUACGAACAGUCUGUCAGUAUAUUUUAUGACCUACCUCAAGGAAACGGCUUCUGCCUCGGACAGCUAAACCUGGAAAACAGGAGCGAGACUGUGAGAAGGACUCGAAGUAAAAUCGGUUACGGGAUUUUACUUAGCAAAGAACCGGACGGUGUGUGGGCUUACAAUCGCAGCGAGCAUCCCAUCUUUGUCAACUCCCCGACACUGGACAUCCCCAACUGUAGGACUUUGAUAGUGCGCAAGGUGAUGCCGGGCUAUUCCAUCAAGGUGUUUGACUACGAGAAGUCCUGCCUCUUGCAGCACACCGCUGAGCUGGAUUAUGCGGACGGGCCCUACGACCCCAACAGCGUGCGGAUCAGCUUCGCCAAGGGCUGGGGGCCCUGUUACUCGAGACAGUUCAUCACGUCAUGUCCAUGUUGGCUGGAGAUUUUGCUCAGUAACAAUCGAUAACGGUCAGCCUCUGACGAAAGGAAAAGAAAAAAAAAAGACACAGACUAUCCCAAAUAUCACCUACCUAGAUUUAAUAUAAAGUUUUAUAUAUUAUAUGAAAAUAUAUAUUAUACUUGUAAUUAUGGAGUCAUUUUUACAAUGUAAUUAUUUAUGUAUGGUGCAAUGUGUAUAUGGACAAAAAACAGAAAAUGCACUUUGGCUUAUAUAAUUCUUUCAAUACAGAUUUAAAAAAAAAAAAUUAUACAGCAAAAAUAGGAGAAAGCCCUAAUUUUGAUGUAUGGUUUUUUUGAAAAUAUUAUUAAUACCCAGACAAAAAGCUAAUACCAGUCACUCAUUGAUAAUAAAGUAUUCGCAUUAUA